AUGUCGUUGUUGUCGGCGGCAACAACAGGAGCUGCAGCAGCAGCAGCAGCAGUGGCGGCAGCAAGAGCAACUCGACGCAGGGCCAGAGCACGCAGUGUUGCCAACACAUUUCAAUUGCUGGCAAUCGCCUUUUAUUGUUGCUGUCAACUCGAGCUGCUGUUGGUGCAGGCCCAGCUGCAGCCGCAGCAACAACAGCAGCAACAUCAGCAGCAGCAGCAGCAGCAUCAGGUGACCUCUGGCGGGCAGCAGCAGCAACUGAAAUAUCAGCAAUUGCAAUAUCAAAUGCAGCAGCAAUAUGAAUAUCAGCAGCAGCAACACUUUCAGCAGCAGUUCCAGCAACAACAACAACAGCAACAACAACAACAACAGCAGCAGCAGCAAUUAGUGUUGCCCACAGCGGAACAGGCGUUACCGGAGCAACCCAUCGAUUUACUGGCCACACAACCAACCCAGCUCUACGAGCUGGCCUCGGGAUUUGAACUGGCCGCCAGUUCGUGGACAAUGCGGCGUAUACGUAAUCAGUUGGCGUAA